AUGAAUAAUAUGAAUGAAAUCUCUACAGCAUCCAUUGAAGAGACACAGAUUAUCCAAAAAACAAUCAAUAACAUGAUAAAUACUAGAAACCAACAGCACCAAAUCACCAUGAUGGAUGAACAGUCACUGAAUUGUCUUCUGAUUGGUAUGAAUCCGUCACAAGAAAUCCUUAAACUGAUCCUGGCUUUAUACACUCUGAAACUACCAAUUCAUUCACUACCCAAAGAGAAUAAAGCUACUCAGACUGAAGAUCCGACAAAUACGUCACUUAUCUCAGGUUAUACAGGACUGUCAUCAAAAUGUGUGAGCAUUUCACAAAUGGCUUCCAGUAUAUUCAGUUCAAACAGAGGAAAUUCAAUGAAAGACAGUCAAGAAAAGAAUUCAUGUCCAUUUAUUCGAGUCGUAACGCAUAAAAAUGGUAUACUCGUUCAUUUGGGCCAACUGGUCAGUUUAUCUGAGGAUCACAAAUCAUUUAUCAUGCGCAAUGUGAUUAGUUUCGACCCGUUAAGAGUACAUGAACGAACAAUUUCAUCAUUAGAACCAGCGAAAAUUCUUGCACUCACUGAAUCCAAACUUCAAAGUCAACAUGGUAAAAGGGGAAAUUUAUUGUCUGAUUAUUUACAAAAUCAAAUGAUGUUCAAUGCUUCAGAGAAAUCAUCAUGUGAGAACAGUAAGCAAGUGAAUAUAUCAGAGCAAAAACAUGACGCAGUGCAUGGUCCAUUACUUAUCACUCCCAGUGAUGUCCUUAUUCGUUUAAGUGAAAAGGAAAAUAAAUCGAUCACACAAGUAAACUGCAAUAACAGUACAGACUGUAACAACAGUCAAAGUUUCCAACAAAACCUACAAAAACAAGUCCCAGUACAACAGAAAGGAAAAAAUGAAGCAAAACCACUUUCUGUACACAAAACGAAAAUACGUAACACGUCUGCAGAAGGUAGAGGGCGACGAGAACGACGUCUUUUGAACAAGCAAAGAUAUUCGGAGCUGCAUGUACCUGAGUAUACUGGUGAUGAUGUUCUCAAUGAAUUCACGUCUUACCUUGAACAUUAUUAA